GAUCUAUUAUGCUUAUUAUAUAUCCCCAUUGCAACAAAAUAUAAGAGGAAAAUUAUUUUUAUUUUAUGAUAAAUAUGGCAAGGAUGAUUUUUGUGAAGUUAUGCCAAUAUCGUUUUAUCCAAUCUUACUAGAAAUUAAUAGAAGUAAAGACACCCAAUGGAUUGCUUUAAUUUCAUACAAUAAUAGGUGUACUCUUGAAAAGCAAAUUUCUAAUAUAGCCACUAUAUCAAACACAUCAACAGUUAUAAUCUAUCAAUUAAGAUCAAAUGGAUAUUUUUCAGAUUCCGAUAACCAAUUUUACUUCACACCACCACCUAUUCUCCAACAACAGCCAUUAUCUCAUCAUUCCAUCGUUCCAGGGCUGAUUGAUUCCCGUGAGAAACCGAGCUCACAAAAUGAUUCUCCAUAUCCCUCAUCUCUCGGCAAACUGAAUAUUUCGAGGCAAAAUUCGCCUAAAGAUUCCAAUGUCGUUCAACAGGACAACGGUGAUUAUAAAGCUAAUAUGACCGUAUUAUAUAUCCCCAGCCUGAUAAUUGGCUCCCAAUAUAUGACGGACUUGAUCUCGGCCGCCUCCCUCAAAUUGUCCGCCAACGUUACCAAGAUAUCACCCCAACCCUCGAACGAUUUAAGGUUUCUUCUGGAAGGUGCCCACCCAUCUUCCUCCAUUUCGUAUUCUUUCCAAUCGGUUAACGACAAAGAUCAUCUCGAUACUUUCCAACGGGAGAAUAAUGAAACACCCUUAUUUCCCGCUAAUCGACACGUGGCCGGCGUCAGAAACAGACCACCCGUCAUUGUCGGCUCGAGCUCGACCGGUGGAGACCAGGUCGAUUACUAUCCUUACUACGCCUACAAUUACGUCAACAAUCUCAACUCGGACCGUAACUCGGACAUGAACGGUCUAAGGGAUCGAGAGAUCCCUUACAAACCCGGGAAUCUUUCCACCUACCCUUACAAACAAAACUCGUACCAUCACCAUAACAACCAAAACACUUCAAAUACCUACGUUAGUCGAACGUCCAUCUUGUUUGUAUCCAUAUCUUUCAUCGUUCUCAUGAUAAUUUCGCUGGCUUGGCUCGUGUUUUACUACGUACAACGGUUUCGGUACGCCCACGCCAAGGAUCAAUUGGCGAAACGUUUGAAUUCCGCCGCUAAAAAGGCCCUCGUCAAAAUCCCGCUCAGGACCGUCAAAACGGACGAUAAAGCUACCGGUCCCGAUUCUGACGCAUGCGCAGUUUGUAUCGAAGGAUUUAAGCCUAACGAAAUUGUCAGGGAAUUGAAAUGCGGCCACUAUUUUCACAAAAUAUGCGUGGAUACUUGGUUGCUGCUACAAAGAUCGUGUCCAAUCUGCAAACUGGAUAUUCUAGAGGCCUACGGUUUAACGAUCGACAAAUCGAGGCGCUCUUCGAAACAGUGCAAUAACGGCAGCAAUCACCAUAAUCUUCUCGUCAGUAAUCAAUCCAACCGUUCUAGCACGGGCAUCAGUUUUCAACCCUCCUUGCCCGGACUUCGUUUGGAAAAUUUGCAUCAAGCCUACAGAUCUAACCCCGCUUCCAACCAACUUUCGUCCAAUAACAAUUCCAGCUACUUUUACACGUCGCCUACCCCUCUUCCAUCGCUGUCAUCACCCAAUAAUAACAACCAAACUAACGACCACAUGGUAAGCGGUGUCGGGGGGCGAAAUUUUUUGAUGCGGUUGCUGCUGUACGGGAACUUCUGGUCCGCUAACCGUCGUAAUAACGCUAACAACAACGGCAGCCGCAAUACCAGAAACGACCGAGGCAAUAAUAGGGUUAUCACUAGGCGGGCAAGGGCCGGGGCGGAUAGGGCAAGUACGGCCAAUCAAAAUUUUGGCACAAAUUUCGUUGUUAGUUUGGCCGGGAGCAAGCCUAAUACUCACCCCUUGAACCACGUUAACGAUAUAGCGAUUACCCUCUCGACUACCUUCGACCUCAGCCCGAAUAUCAAAAGGGACAAGGGGCAUGCGCACAAUGAUUCACAGCGUGAGAUUGAUAAUUUGGACUCGAGUAGCAUUAGUAGGUACGAUACGCCAAAUUUUUCCGAUUCCAACGGUUCGGAAUUCGGUAUAGACCAAGUGUUGGCGCUCAACGCUAAGGCCACCGCUGGCGGAAAAAAUAGCAAAAAAGACCGGUUCUUCAAGCGGGGAUUCGAAUUCACGCGCGAAAAUAAUCUUUUAUUGCCGUCGUACGCAUUGAGAUCGCCGAAUUGUACCCAUCAACGUCUCGUUCCUCAGCCCUUAUUCUUACCUUCGUCUAUCACCGGAAAUAUAAAUCGGGAUACUUUACCCAGUGAAAAUGAAGAAUUACCACUCAGACCCGAGAAUAUUACGAACGAUAAUAAAAAUUCGUCCACCCUAUCCUCCUUGCUUACCUCCUCGGACGCCUUCGUCAUGCUACACCACCCCUCUCGUCGAGACGGUAGCAACAGCGAGGGGGAAGCGACGCCCAACGAAGGCGCCGAACGAAAGAAAGACAAGACCAAUCCGAAUGUCAACGACGCGACCGGUCACGUGAUGAACGAUAUUCGCAUCGCGAAAAAGGUAUUCUUCGACGAUCUAACACCCCAAAAAAGUUUUGCCGGAAUAGCGAACGAUCCCCAUCUUGAUACGAACCAAAUUCCAAAAACAUCAAAAAAUAGCCCUAGGGCUAAAACCAAACGUGAUUACGACGAUGACAUUGUCAAUCAAAAUGCAUCCUCGAGAAAAAAACGAAUUCUAGUGGUGGCUUCCCCUUUUGUCCCAAUGCCCAAAUGACAUAAAAAAAAGGAGCGUUGUUAUUUGUCGAAGGAAACGGAAACUGUGGAGGUCCUUAAUAACGAAAAAUUGGCGAAUAUAAAUUUCCCACCAAAAUACCCUCAAUAUUUUCUCGUCAUAAACAUUAUAAAUUAUAUAUAAUCAUUUUUUAAAUGUCAAAAAAAAAUAUCCUUUAUUUAUAUUAUUUAGAAAAUUUUAAUUUUUUUUUAUUAUUUAAAUAAUUUCUUGUACAUUAAGAUUAUUUUAUACACAUUAGAUUUAUUUUAUGAGUAUGUCUGAUUUAAAAUGUCGCAGUGAUAUAGAACUUUGUCUUUAUUGAUUCCUGUAUUUUGGACCUAUUUUCAAAAACAAAAACAAUGUCAAACUUUUUGCCUUUAAAAAUGUAGUUUUAUUCCUUUAUAAAAGUGUAUACACCGUUUUAUUUCGUUUGAAAUAUUUAUGUUUACGAAUGAAUACACUACUAAUAUAACCCUUAUAUGCAAUAUAUUUAUCUUUGUAUAACGAAAUCUUUUUAUUUUUAUUAUUUUUUUUUACGUAUAAUAAUUUAUUUAAAGCAUCGUCAUAAAAAAUAAUUCAUUAAAAAACAAAAUAAAAACUUUUUAAAAUGACACAUGAAAAUUAGGACUUAAAUAGCCUAAAACAGGCUGACUCAUCAUUUUAAAAGUAAUUAUAGCCGAGCUAUUUAAAAGACUAAUUAUAUUAUUAUUAU